AGAACUCUAGUCUUAGUCUUUCUAUCACAGACAAAGAGGACUCACCAGUCACUACUAAAGUUUACAUAUCUCCACCUAAGUGGUUUGGUUUAUUGCAGAAUAGUUUCAAGCAGGAUAACAAUUGUCAAUACAGUGAUUAAAAAUAACAAUGGCAUAAUUCAAUGGUAUUCAUUCAGUUGACAGGUAUGCUAGAGCUCGGCUUAUGUCAUGCUCAUGUGGGUCAGGAAGUGGUUUUUAGGAAGUGGUUUAACACUUAUACACUACACACUUUAUAUAUACUUUUUUAUUUCAGGAUCAUGUGAUAGGUGUCAGUGAUCAUCCUGAUGACUCUCCAUUCUUCUUGCCUUUUCUUCUGAUCUCUACUUUCUUGCUCUUCUCUUGUCCUUGCGGGAUCUUUUUGCAGUGUAAGAUGUCACAUUGUCCUCUGAGGGAGGCUUUAGUAAUAUUUGGAAAGACGUCACCAAGAGUUACAGUUUGGUUUCUGGGUGUAAUUUGCUGUGUUGACAUAGGAGGUACAACACCACGGGAAGUUGAGAACUCCAAAUAAGAGGCUGUCUACAACAACACGCAUACACCCACACACACACACACACACACACACACACACACACACACACACCCACCCACACACGCGCACGCACGCACACACACACACACACACACACACACACACACACACAAGUGGAAGACGUACUGAAGGACAGUCUUUGGUACGUGGAGGACAGGAGAAACGUCAAAAUGCGUUUUUUACAGAAUUCAUAUCUGUUUUCCCUUAUUAUUGCCGGUUCACUCCUCGGGAUCAGUUACUUCAGCUACACAUCCUCCUGGUUCAGAGAUGUGUGGGAGUGCAGACUGACUGUGGAAGAAAAAAAACAUGGUAAUACAGACCUAAUCUUUCCUACAGGGAUUGCAUGCGCUCAGCCCAGUGUGAGUAAUAGUCGGCCAGAUGUCUCCACAACGACCCCGUGGUUAGCUCCAAUUGUGUGGGAGGGUACAUAUGAUUUGACGGUGAUUGACAACAUCUACAAACAACAGAACAUCACUGUGGCAGUCACCGUCUUCGCUCUGGGGAAGUACGUACGCUUCCUGAAGGACUUCCUAGAAUCUGCAGAGCAGCACUUCAUGGUGGGCUACCGAGUGCAUUAUUACCUGUUUACCGAUCGUCCGGACGAGGUUCCCACGGUAACGUUGGGGGAAGGACGUCAGUUGACCGUGAUAAAAACAGAAACCUCGAACCGCUGGCAGGAAAUCUCACUGCGCAGGAUGGAGAGAAUCGAGAAGCUCAUCGAGAAGGAACUCACCGACAAGGCAGACUACAUAUUCAGUCUCGACGUCGACUGCAAAUUCUACGCUCACUGGGGGGCGGAGUCUCUGGGCGACCUUGUUGGCGUGCUGCAUGCCGGGUUUUUCGGAACAUCUCGGGAACAUUUCACGUACGAGCGGCGUCCUGAAUCUCAGGCCUUCAUACCUUUACAAGAAGGAGACUACUACUACGGAGGUGCCGUGAUCGGAGGACGCCUCGACAAAGUGCACAAGCUGGUGAAGACGUGCCGCAUGCAGCUGGAUGUGGACCGAGCCAAUCACAUUGAAGCGGCAUGGCAGGAGGAGUCUCACCUGAACAAGUACUUCCUGUACAAUAAGCCCAGCAAGUUGCUCUCACCUGAAUACCUGUGGGACGACACAAAAGGGAAACCCAGCUACUUGAAAGUGGUGCGUUUCUCUCAGGUGUUCAAGAAGUACGCCGAGGUCCGACCCAACCCUUAAAGCACACUGUACUGUAAUGGGUUUCUCAGGAAAGAUAAAUGAACUAACGCCACUAACUCUAUCACCAUCAUCUCACAGGUUUCAACCACAGACUACACCAAGGUCUUCCAUCAGGAAAUGUUUGGUUACCCUACAUUAUAAGACAUGUUGAUGAUUAUAUUAAUAAAUUGUGUUUUCCUGGAUUUUUAGGUCCUAAUUAUGUUUGUAAGUUACACAAAUGCAAUAAAGACAAUUCUUAAAGGAAAUCUAACUCCAUGUCUUCAAACUUCAGUACAGGAACCAUGGUGCAGUAGUUGCUCUUCUUAAAUAUACAUUCUCUUUUAUCUACCUCAUUUAAAUAUGAUUGUUCUUGUGGAACAAUGUACAUCACUCUUUACAGACCUGAAAUACUCAGCACACGUUGUUGACGUCCACUGACCGUUUCACAAAAAGAAAAUGGUGUCGUUAACAUUAUCCAAAAAAACAAUAUUGCCAAAGACCUUCCUGUUUUUAUGUGACAUGUUUAGGCUUUGCAGCAUGAGAUCAGAAUCCCUUACUAUCGAAAAACCUCUGCAAGAGUGUCGACAUUACAUCAUCAAUAAGCGAUUAAUUCUGAUCGAGGUCGUGUGGAUCCAAAGCCUAUCCCAGGAACACUGGAUACGGGGCAGGAAUACACCCUGGAUGGGACACCAGUCCAUCACAGGGCACCACGCACUCAUAUUUACAACUAGGGGCAUUUUAGUGUAGAUAAUCCACUUACUGACAUGUAUUUGGCAAACCAGAGAAAAGCUAAAUAUACACGAUGACAGAGUAAAAACAGUUUGCCAUGUUAUACAGGGAUGGGAGGGGGGACAUUUAUUUUCCAGCACACGGAGAGUGAGUUCACAUGUUGUUGUAAGGUUCUAACAGAAAAGCAAAUAAAUCUCAAAGUAAAGGUUACUGUUGUUUUAUUGGAAAUGAUGAUUGUGUGCUGUGAAAGUGAAAGCACCUUUUACUACUAGUAAUAAUUAAUCUAUUAUAUAGCCAAAAUAAAUAAAGAAUUAAAACAAACUUUAAAAUGUUGUGUUUUGGGUAUAGUUCUUCAGUUCGUCUGUCGGCGAUAGUAUUCCUGUUACACCACCACGAUCUGUGAACGAUUACAAAUAUUAAAAAUGUAUUAAUGAAGGACUUUUUUUGUGUGAGACUCGAGUCUUCAGGACAGACGAGUUUACACGGUCCUGUAUCUCAGUAACAUAACAACUGCGUUUGUUCUGUUUUUUUGACUCGAAGAGAAACGCCUGUUUCACGCAUGAUUUGCUUGCAGGACUUAUGCUGGUAGGAUUACAGUUUCCCUCCACUGUAAAUAAAAGGCCAGAACCUGUUCCAGCAUCACAAUGCCCUUGGGCACAUAGUGACCUCCCCAAAGACGUGGUGCGCUACGGUUGGAACAAGGCGGAAGAACUCGAAACCCAGGGCUCAAAUCGAGACUAGACAUUCAGAGCUAUUGAUUCUUUAAACAAUGAAUUGAACAGGACACACCUGGGCAGCACGAAACACCUGUCAGUCACUUGUUUCAAUAUUUUUCCCCACUUGACAAAAUGGGUGAGGUUCAAACCAAAAGGUGUCGUGUUCUCAGUUGCUCAAGAUUUAAAUAUGAGGAAACAAAAGCUGAAAGUCUGAUCUACCGUCUCAUAUUCGUCUUUUGAGCUCAAACCCAAAUGUCUUCACUGUAUAGCGAAAGCAAUA